AUGAAGGAGAGGCAACACCGUCCCAGUACCUCUUCAGCCUUGCCGUGGGAUCGUGUCUUCGCCUCCCCUCCAGCGACUGGAGAGUUCAACAUCUCCACCCUGCCAACUCCUGAAGAAAUUAUCGACUUCCCUACUUUGGAUAUUGCUGAUGCAGUUGAAGAAUGGAAUCUAGCCCUGGUUGGAUAUUCUCUGGGUAAACGACCUUUCUAUGAAUCCCUUCUUAAUGCCGUUAAAAAGCUUUGGGAUCUCAAAGGUAAUAUCAAACUUAUCUCUCUUAGUGAUGGGUUUUUUCUGUUCAAGUUUUCAUGCCGGGAAGAUUUUGAAAUGGUCUGGAAUAAGGGUGCUUGGUUUAUCUUCGGUAAACCUUUCAUUUUUCGUAAAUGGACUUCGCACUUUAGUCCCAAAAGAGAAGACUUUACCAGUGUGCCUAUCUGGUUCAAAAUACAUGAUUUGCCUUUGUGUUGCUGGACGCCAGUUGGGAUUUCUAAGAUUGCAACUAAAAUUGGAGCUCCGGUAGCCGUAGACUCCCUCACUGCCUCGAAAUCCAGACUUACUUAUGCAAGAGUCUGUGUCCUAGUUGAUGCUUCCGCCACUUACCCUGCUUUUGUUCCGAUUACGGUUGAAGGGAAACUUUUCAAUCUUGUCAUACAAUACGAAUGGCGUCCCUCUAUAUGUGAUUUCUGCAAAUCCUUUAACCACACUUCCGAAUUUUGCCCAACAAACCCAAACCCAAAACCCACUGCUGUUCUUCCGCCAAAACCUCCUCGCGACAGGAGCACGAACCGCAGUCGCAGACCUCCUUCAAACAAUCCUACUGGUAUACUUCCUACUCCGUCUCCUCGUACUUCCUCUUCCCCUGGGAAAUCCAUGCCCGUGUCUCAUAAUGCUAUUUCUCUUCCAAAUCAACUAGAUAUCCCAUCUUCGAAUCUCACUAACCAAAUGCAUUCUGCCACACUGCCAACCUCACCUGUUUUGCCGAAUUUUCAAAUAGUUGAAACCUCUUUACCCAAUCAACCUCAUGAAAAUCUCGUCACAAUCCCCACCCCUCCAAGUACCGCAAUUAUCCCAAACCUCAAUUCACCCAACCUUCCUUCCUCUUCCACCUCCGACCCACCACCAGAACAAUCUACUUCCCCACCACCUAAAGGCUCAAAUCAAUUGCCACCAGAACAAUCUAAUUCCCCACCACCUAAAUGCUCAAAUCAAUUGCCUACAGCCCAAUCUCCUCUGAAAUCUUCUUCUCCUAACAAAUUUAAUCUCCUAAAUCUUUUUUCAGAUUCUGAAGCUACCUCAAGUAAUAAUUUGGAAGCUUGUAUCAAUGAUCAUUCCUUGGCCGACUUGGCUAGCUCUUCUUAUGGGAAAAAAACAUCCUCAUCCUCUUCAAAGCCUAAUGAUCAGCCACACAAAAACACUAGAGGGAAGAACUCCAAGAAAGGCCCUAAAUCCAACAGUAAAUCAUGA